GUGGCGGACCCUUUCUAGGGGCUAAGAUGGAGCUUGUACUCAAGGCUACAGAUUAUUAUUUUUUUACACCGUACAUAUAUUCAGCCACAUGGCCAGAGGACAGCAUCUUCCGACAAGCUGUCAGUCUCCUGAUUAUAACAAAACUCGGUGCUUAUAUCCUUUGUUUCUUUUUUUAACUUUCUUUCUUUCCUUCCUUCCUUCCUUCCUUAGCCCAACACCCACAAUUUUUAAAGAACCAAGUCUAUCGAGAGAUUAUGCAUUCUGUCCAGUCAAUGCCACGGAUAAGCAUCCCCACGGUCUCAGUGCUCCUGCUAGAGGUGAAAGGUUAUAGCAAACUACGCAACGGCAUAGAGGAGUUUCCAUACGGCUGGCUUCGAUUCACUGCUUGUGUACUGUCCUUUCUCUUUUUCACUGACAUGCUGAUGUACUGGAUUCACAGAGGCCUUCAUCAUAGACUUGUAUCUAAGCGCUUACACAAACCUCAUCAUAUCUGGAAGAUCCCAACUCCAUUUGCAAGUCAUGCUUUUCAUCCUCUGGAUGGCUUCCUUCAGGGUCUACCUUACUGCAUAUACCCAUUUAUCUUCCCAUUACACAAGGUAGUUCAUUUAGGUUUGUACGUCUUGGUCAAUAUCUGGACAAUUUCUAUUCAUGAUGGUGAGUUUCGUGUUCCCCAUAUCUUCAGGCCAUUUAUUAAUGGCUCAGCUCAUCACACAGACCACCACAUACUCUUUGACUAUAACUAUGGACAGUAUUUCACAUUGUGGGAUAGAAUUGGAGGCUCAUUCAAAAAUCCCUCCUCCUUUGAAGGGAACAGACCACUUAAUCAUGUGAAGAAGAUGACAGAAAAAAAGUGCAACAGCCAUGCAGUAAGUGGUUGUAAAAAUGAAAAAAUAUUCAAUGGAGAGUCUACAAAGACUGAGUAG